UCGUCUUCACUCGUUGUCACUCGUUGAUUUCCGAUCAUCAUCGGGAUCUGAACAUGGCGGUUGUCUCUUUACGAAACUGUGCGUCCUCUCUUUUUCUAUUUAGCAGAAAGUUACUCAGCCCGCAGCUCUAUGUUGUGAGUUCAUAUCACGAAAAGGUGGUGGACCACUAUGAAAACCCAAGAAAUGUGGGCUCUCUAGACAAAAGGUCCAAGAAUGUGGGGACUGGGUUGGUGGGCGCCCCAGCCUGUGGUGAUGUAAUGAAACUUCAGAUCGAGGUGGACGAAAAUGGCAAGAUUGUUGAUGCAAAAUUUAAGACGUUUGGCUGCGGAUCAGCCAUUGCUUCCAGUUCUCUCGCAACAGAGUGGGUGAAGGGGAAGUCGGUUGAUGAAGCUCUGAAGAUCAAGAACACAGACAUUGCCAAAGAACUGUGCCUUCCUCCAGUCAAGCUUCAUUGCUCUAUGCUUGCAGAAGAUGCCAUAAAAGCAGCGCUGUCAGACUACAGACUAAAACAACAGGACAAGAAGGAGGAGCGUGGAUAAGCCACCAGCUAAUAUGAUGUUUUUAACUAUCCAUUAUGGGCCCUGUAAUGUUUGGUGCUGUCUGGAAGAUUGGUUAUCGUUACACAACAUCAGGGCAUUCACCCUUCAGGGAGUUUUAUACCUUUCAAAAAUCUCCAUGUAAAAGAGUUGAGGAGUCACUCUUGAAUUCAAGCCAAGACUCCCAUAUUGUUCAAGUACCAGAUGUUAAUGGUGUGUAUUUGCUUUUCAUCAGAUGAUCAGAAAUAGUUUCAUAAUCGAUGCUGAUUUUGGAGUUGGAGGGUCAUGGUGAAUAUUUUAAGAAAGCUCUGAUCCCUAAAUUUAAACAACGGAGCUCGACAUUGUUGCUACUUUGCAGCACUCUUCUACACAGGACACAAAGGAGACACAUGAUGAAUCAAGCUGUGUUUUUGUUUUGUAUAUUUUGUGGCAUUUUGGCUUUAUUUGGCUUGACUGUAUAAAAUCACUGGUCGUUCGUAUGCAAUGCAUGCAUGCAAAUGCAGUUAGGACAACAUCUUAAGUACACAUACAUAAACAUAAUUCAGAAUAUUGUAUGAGAUUCUGCUUAUUGUGAAUUAAAUGAUGAAAAUCA